UCUAUUCCCAUUCAGUUGCCAAUCCAUCGCCAUGGCUGAUCCACGCAUUACUCUGGCCCUCGGUCUGUUAAUCUUUGGCCUGAUCCUCUCGACGGAGGCCUCGCCGCAAGGUCGCAUUCUGGGCGGCGAGGAUGCCGUCCAGGGCGAGUACCCCUGGACCGCAUCUGUGCGGUACAACAAGGCCCACGUCUGCUCCGGUGCCAUUAUCAAUCAGAGAUACGUUCUGACCGCCGCCCACUGUGUGUCCAGCGUGAGCAUCACUCCAGUGGAUGCCAGUACUUUGGCGGUGCGAGUUGGAACCAUUAACCAAUAUGCAGGCGGCACCAUAGUGAAUGUGGAAAGCGUCGUGAUCCACCCAUCAUACGGAAACUUUUUGCACGACAUUGCGAUUCUAAAAUUGUCGCAAUCGCUGGAGUACAGCGAUCGUAUUGCAGCCAUCACCCUGCCUUCCGACGAAGUGGAGGGCAGUGGCGAGACCAACACGGAGGAUGUGGACGCAGAGUUGCCCAAUGGAACUCCAGUCUAUGUGUCCGGAUGGGGUGAACUGUCCGAUGGAUCUGCAUCCUACAAACUGCAGAAGGCUAACUUCAAUACAUUGAGUCGUUCCCUUUGCGAAUGGCAAGCCGGAUACGGAUACGAGUCCGUGGUGUGCCUCUCCAGGGCCGAAAACGAGGGCAUCUGCCGUGGUGAUGCCGGAGCAGCUGUGAUCGAUGACGACAAGGUGCUCCGCGGAUUGACCAGCUUCAAUUUCGGACCCUGCGGCAGCAAGUAUCCCGAUGUGGCCACCCGCGUCUCCUACUAUCUUGCCUGGAUCGAAGCCAAUACCGAGUAAUCUUCUAAAUUUCCCAAGGAUUACCCCUUUAUUUUUUUAUACAUUUUUUUCCUGUGCAUAAAGUGUGUUUCCUUUACAAAAAAAAAAAGAAAUUCUUUUCUUCAAUUUU